AUGGGCUCCAACGAAGAGUCCAGCUGGCAACAGCGAGUCGAGUGGAAACGACAGGCAUGCGCCAACAAAAUCCCGGCCGAAUGGUGUAUUCCAGAUGCAGUCAUGGCUCGCCUGCAGGCUCCUCUAGCAGACCACAAAAACAACUUGAUCCAGGAAAAUCUUAUCCAUGAAUCUGGCAUCAUGACCAAGCAUGAGCUGCAGAUCACGGAAGAGUACACGGUUUCAGAGUUGUUAGCAGCAUUGGCCAGCGGAAGCCUAACCUCGGUGGAAGUCACUACGGCAUACUGCAAACGGGCUGCCGUCGCACAGCAACUCGUCGCCUGUCUGACAGAGACGAUGUUUUCAGAGGCCUAUGAGCGAGCGCAGUAUCUCGAUCAGCUCCGCUCUCAAGGACAGGUGGUGGGUCCCCUCCACGGUCUACCCGUGAGUAUCAAGGACAACUUUCAUUAUGAAGGAACAGAGGCCACGAUCGGCAUGGUUUCGUUCCUGGGUGAGGUAUCUACCGGAAAUUCACCGCUGGUGGAUAUCCUCCUGAAGCUUGGAGCGGUCAUCUAUGUGAAGACUAACGUGCCCCAGAGUAUGAUGGCACUGGACUCGCAGAAUAAUGUCUUCGGGCGUACCCUGAAUCCCUGGAAUACCACUCUGACCCCGGGAGGAUCGAGUGGUGGCGAGGGCGCUUUGGUUGCGCUGCGCGGAUCACCUCUGGGAGUCGGCACUGAUGUGGGCGGCUCCAUACGUGUCCCUGCUCUGUGUUGUGGGACUUAUGGCUUCCGACCCAGUGCGUCAAGAGUCCCAAACGCAGGCACUCGUGCCUGCUCAGCCAGCGGAAUGCGCUUUAUCCUCUCGUGUGCUGGGCCUUUGUCCCUGGACCUUGAAGGUCUGGAAGUCUUCUUUAGCUCGGUGUUUGAUAUCCAGCCCGGUCUCUACGACUCCACUGUGAUCGAUGUACCUUGGCGAACAGUCGCGGUGAAACCUAAAUUGAGAAUCGGUCUUGUCCCGGAGCAUCCAGUCUUUCCGCUACAUCCCCCAGUCAAACGGAUACUGGCAGAAGCGAAACAGCGCCUGGAGGAAGACGGUCAUGAAAUAGUUUUCCUCACCCACGAAGAGUGCCGGAUCAAGGAACUGAAUGAAGUUGCGUUGGGUAUCUUCGGUCUGGACCAGAGCGCCCUCAGCCAUAUCAUCUCAGCUGGCGAGCCCGUGGUUCCCGCAUUACAGCAUAUUGGCGCCCAGGUUGCAAAAGUGAAACAAUUCCAUAAGUCAUCCCUACCGGAUAUGAGUUCGAUGGACCGUUUAGCCACGUUGGCCGCUCUGAACACACGUCGCGCCGAGCUCAAGGAGGACUAUCGAAAAAUGUGGAUCCAACAUAAUUUGGACAUUUGUCUUGCGCCGCCGGCGCAAAACACUGCGGUAGCCCAUGACUCCUUUGGCCCUGCGCCAUACACCACUUUCUUGAACUGCCUUGAUUACCCUGCCUGUGUCAUUCCAUUUGGACAGGUCAAUGAGUUGGAUGCUACAGAAACCUUCCGGGUGGGCGACGAUCAAAUCGCACCAGAAUAUGACUAUCAAUCCCUCCAAGGGGCUCCGUGUGGGAUUCAGCUUUUCACCACGACAAUGCGGGACGAGGAGUGCCUACAGAUGUCAAAGCUGAUCGAUCGGUGUCUGAGGGCGUAA